AUGAUUCACAUUGACAAACCCUUUGCUCGCGAGAGCGGCCCAUGGCCGUUUCCCAAUGCCAUCACAAAAGUAAUUUGUCAACACGCCGGACGAGAAGCGAGCGCCGCGCUGUUUGCUGCCCUUGGUCCUUGGGCGAACGGUGGUCCUGCUGCACGCAAAGCGACAUACCGCGAACCAUUCACGUACUGGGACUGGCACGGCGUACGCCCAGACGAACGAUUUUCAAGAACCCGAGGCUUGAAAGGGCAGCUCCUAUGGGAGAGGCAGCGAGGAUAUCCGCAGAAAGGUCGUGCUGGCGAAUUCGGAUAUCCUUCUCCCCGAGCACGCUGGCAGGCGUUUAGCGCGUUGAUUGCAACACACCCCGAACGAAGAUUCUGGGUCAAACAUCUCGCCGUGGCUCAUUGGAUGCAUCAAGAGGAUUUGGAAUGGAUUGCAGUCCAAUUCCCGAUGCUGGAAAGUCUUGACUUGAGCGAUACCCUAGCCAUACCCGUCCGUGCAGGGACUACUCCAGCCGCCACUCCAACUGUAUCAAAAGCCUCCGGUUUACCGUCUCCCCAAAUGGCAGACUUACUAGCCAAAAUCAAAUGGCUAGGCAUCCCAGCUGUGCGAUCGCCGGGAUCGGAAUACAUGCAGCUACUUCCCCUGAAGCAGUACUUGUCCUUGUGUACUGGGCUUCAGAGCCUGUGUAUUCGAGAUACGCGCGAUGGGGAUAUGAGGGCUUGUGGAUUUGAAUCUGCGCAGGCUGUGGCGGAUUGGGUUGGAGGAGUGGUUGCGGAUGUUCCUGUGAGGACUGUGGAUGUCGAGUUGAGGGUUUGUUGUGUGGAUGUUGAGUCUCUUGUCGCUGCACUCGCGCGAGGAAAGCCAAGAGUCACUCGCGUUGGUGUAGAUUUUGGGGCUUGGGUUCGGGGUUGUGGUUUGAUUGUGGAUCAAGAAGAUCAAGUGUUCCCCACAGGAUCAAAACGGUGGCUCCCUGAUUCUUCGGCCCCAGUCGAAGGACGACCCGACCAAGAUUACCAAACCGAUAGGCCGGUUUUUGCAAGAAAUAUUCGUCAGGAUCAACAUGUGCAAGCGCUCGGUGGUGGUGGAGCUCAAUCAUCGCAGACUCAGUUGGCCGGUUUGAGGGAUGCCAGCAACAACACCACGACCGCAAAACAGAGUCAUGACCGCUCAAACUGUACGUCGCUAUACGAGAAUCUGUUCAGAUUGUAUAAAGCGGGCACCGAUAUUCGACACCGAAAAAUUCUGUUCUUCUCUUUAACUCCCGAGUGGCAGACGAAUAGUACAGACCCCAUUCACCCUUUGGCUAUGAUACAACCCGAAUCAGAUGGCAGGAGCGUCUCAACCGGACAGCUCACCAGUUUAUACAGCUGGCUGAACACGACUUUCGGUUGGCGACCAGUGUUUGACUGGGACUACUUCAUGGGGCUUGACAUGCCCAAUGAACAUGAUACACUCAUCAAGCAAAUCGCACUGCAGUUUCAGUAUAUGCGGAAUGCGUCCAUUCCAAUCCAAAUACUGAUUGGCCGUCGUCCUUUAGACUUGUCAAGUCUGUAUUGGGGCCAUGAUGAGUCUACAUGGACCCAAACACUUGCUAGGCCGUUCAACAACAGCCUCGACCACAUCGCACCGCUUAUGGACACUUUGAUCAUUCACUACGAUCUUCGUAAUCCACUCAAUCAUAACCUUCUGCAGGAAAUCGACAGGCUGGAACCACAUGUCGAACCCGCAGCAUUCUGCCCUCGCAGUCUCUGUCCCUGGCCGCAAAACCACUGCCCCUUUGAAAAGCAGUGGGCCGACAGGCCCACGGCCCCUUGCCCUCAACCAAAAAGCUUUAGAACCAUUCAUCCCGGACCCGACUUCCCCCGUUCCCCAAAGAUCCCAUCUCCCCUUGCUAACAACAACACCCCAUACCUCCCCACCGGCGAAGACGCAAACCUCGACACCACAGACGACUACGACGCCGCCGACCCCCACGCCAGACCUACAUUACACAAACUCGCACGACAUGCAGCCUACCUGCGUGAAGCCACAGGCUGGCAACGCUUCUGGACCGCGUACGCACCCGUACUGACAAAUCUGUCUGCGCUGCACGUGCGCAUGCCUCGCGCAUUUGACAAGGUGGGGAACUGGCAGCUGGGGCAGUUGCUGGAUUGCAGGCGUGGCUGGAAGAUGUGUUGUUUUGCAGAGGAGCGACAGCGUAUGCAGAUGCGUGAGGAUUUGGCGUUGGAUAUUGGAGGUGGGAAUGCUGGGGUUGCGGGUUUGCUGGAGGGCAAGGUUUGGCCUGGUGGUCGGUUUGUUCGUCGGAUUUGGAUUCGAAGACGCGCGCCUCCGUGUUUUACACUACCUGCUUCAGAGCAUGCGAGCUCAGCUAUACCAGCUCCAGCGACUGGAUUCACCAUCUUCUCCCCAUCCCACCAAGCAAACCUGACCCACCAAGCCCUCCAACACGCCAUCCACACCGCCCAAUCCGCAGCAAGAGCACAGAAGUCCCGUCAGAAGGAGCUUGAAUCGCGCGUAAGCAGGGUUGGAGAUGGGCGGCGGAGUCGUGGUGGGGGAAUGUGGGUUGGCGGUGAGGGUCUGGGUUUGGAUGGUAUGGCUGGGGUUGGGGGAGGAAGUACAAGGGCAAGUACGACGGUGAGUAUGAUGGCGACUACGACGAUACCUACCCCUUCAACUCCAACUCUAUCUGUCCCUACAACUACACCUGCUCCUACAACUCUACCUGCUCCUACAACUCUACCUGCUCCUACAACUCCACCUGCUCCUACAACUCCACCUGCUCCUACAACCCCACCUACUCCUACAACCCCACCUCCCCCUCCCCCUCCAAUCCAACCCACACCCCCAACCCCACCCACCACCACCAAACCAAACCCCCCCGCACCACGCCCAGACUCACCCCCCACACGCUCGCGCCGCUCAAUGAGAAGCAUGACGCCAAUUUCCUACCAAGAAGUCGAAAGUGAAGUCGAUGAGAAAACGGAAAAGAAAUGGGCAAAGAAAAAGGGGGAAAAGGACGGGGAGCGUGGAGAAAAGGAGGAUAGCGGGCGAGAGGAAAAGAUGAGGGGGAAGAGCAAAGCAAAGAGGUUGAACAAGAGAACGUUGGGAAAUGGACAUGGAGAGGAGGAUGCAGAGUGGAUUCCGAAAAGGGUCAAGGCUGGGACGGGGAGGAAGGCUGGGACGGGGAGGAAGGCUGGGAAAAGGGGAAAACGGGGAGGGGGGGAAAAUGGGAUAUGA